AUGGCGAGCGGUUCACAAUCGUUCUAUGAGCUCUACCGCAGGAGCAGCAUUGGCCUCGCGCUCACGGAUACGCUCGACGACCUUAUCAGCGAGUCUCGCAUCCACCCGCAGCUGGCCAUGAAGAUCCUGGGAAAUUUUGAUCAGGCAAUCACGGAAGCGCUUCAGAAAAACGUCCGAUGCCGCCUGCAGUUCAAGGGAAGCCUCGAUACCUACCGACUCUGCGACGAAGUGUGGACAUUCCUUAUCAAGAACGUCACCUUCAAGAUGGACAACGGCAGCCAUACGGUGCAGGCUGACAAGGUCAAGAUUGUCAGCUGCAACGCGAAGCGACCGGGUGAGGGUCCGUAG